UAGCCGAAAAAUAAUUAUCGUAAGGCUACAGCGCUACAACUAUCUCUUUGCGCAAAUCUCUUCUCUGAAGGCCCAGAACGCGUACAGAGCGAAAAGCUUCAGAGACAAACCCUAGAUUUCUUGCAACGCCAAUGGCUAACGAUACUGCUCACCGGAAGCACCAUCGAUCUGCUUCCGAUGAAGACGAUGAUAAAUCUUCCAAGCGUCACAAACACCGUCACCAUCGCCGCCACCACCGACAUCGUCACAGCAGCAAUAAGAACGAAGAAGAAAGCUGCCGUGACCGGGAGGACAGUGUUCCUCCCGCUGCUAAUCGCAGAUCUCGGCCUGAAGAUGACGUUGAGGAAGGUGAAAUUCUGGAAGAGGACGAGUCUGGUGUUCGCGAGAACGAGGGCGCGACGAAGGAGGUGGAUGUGGAAUUUGGGAAACCUGAAGCUGAUGAAAUUUCUGAUCGAAUUGACCAGCCCUCUAUGGAGUGUCAUUCGGUGGAUGAAUCAUCUAAUAACCAGGCUAAUUUUAUUGUGAAGGAGGGGGCAGGCAACGGUGCUCAAGAUCAGAAGACCUCCAAAAUGGACUCUAAGUUCUAUAAUUUAGACAUGGACAAAGGUGGCUACUAUCUAAAAAAAGGCACAAACAAGGAAAACAUGAUUCUUUAUCAAACCGACUCUGGUUGUAAGCAUGGCAAUGAUGCUAGCUUUUCCAUGAGUGAAGUGGCUGGAACUAAAUACAACAAUAUUGAACAUUGCCGAGAGGGUCAUAGCAAAGUGGAUUGUGAUCAAGAAUCUCUGGAGUUAGAUGAGAAGCUGCACAAACAAAUGGCAUCUCCUUCUAAAGGGGCUAGUAAGAAAAUAAGCAACAACGGCAAUGGAAAGGUGGCAACAGAUGGAAACACCUUGGGGAAUGGGAAAAGGCCACAGUUAGAAAGAACUGAAGGCAAGUCUGAGGAUUUUACGCCAUCAACAUCUCAUGAUCGAUUCAUCGAUGCAUCAGAUUGUAGGAGUAGAUCAAGGUCAAAUUGUCAUUCUAGGGGACAAUCUCAGUCUCGUGAAACAGUAGAAGAGGAGGCAGAGUCAAAGAGUAGACAUUAUCAUGGUUGGGAUCAACCAAUGUUUGAUGAUAAAAUUAAAAUUCACAAUGACUUGGAUGAUGAUUACACUGAAUGUGUUAGGGGAGAGGGAAGGCAUCGGAGCAGGGACACGAAGGACAACGGGAGAAGUAAGAUGGAGUUGGAUAGGGAAUGGUCCAAGGAAAAUGAAAUGGGAAAAAACAAAGAUAAAGAUAGGGGGGUAGAUAAGCAAAAGUAUGAUGAGAGAGAGAGAGGUAGGAGUAAAGAUAGACGAAAGGAGAUGGAACGAAAGAGGAGCAGGGAAAGAGAGUUGGAGAGGGGGGAUAGGAGGAGGGAAAGGGAUGUGGAAAGAGAUAGGAGAGGGAAGGAAAGAGGUUGGAGUAGGGAAAGAGAGGGGCAAAGAGAUAGAAGAGUGGAGAGGGAAAGAGGUUGGAGCAGGGAAAGAGAAGCAGAAAGGGAUAGAAGAACGGAGAAGGAGAGAGGUUGGAGCAAAGAAAGAGAGGUGGACAGGGAUAGAAGAGCAGAAAAGGAAAGAUGUAGGAGCACCGAUAGAGAGGGUAAUAGGGAUAGAAGAAGAGAAAGGGAAAAAGAUAGGAGCAAGGAUAAAGAAGUGGAUUGGGAUGGGAGAAGGGACAGGGAUCGGAAUGAUGAUAAGGCUGAAUAUAGUGAUAGAAAUAGAGACAGGGAGAGAGUGAGAGAGGUGCAAAAGGAUCGGUUUAGGGAUAAAGAAUUAGAUAGGGAGAGACACAACGAUAGAAACAAGAAUAAAGCCAGUGACAGUUUAAGUAGUAAAGAUAAGUAUGGGAAUCUUGAACAUGGCUACGUUAAAGGUUCUAAGCAGUCUAGGCAUUACGAUAAUGAGUUUGGUUUGGAUGGGGGAAGAAUUAAUGCUGUCGAAAAACAUGGUAGUUUUAAGAGAAGCACUCGUGAAGAAGGUGAAGACAAGCUAAUGAGUGGUCAUGAUGAGGAGGAAGAGGAUGGAGACGGCAUGUCAUAUCAAUUAGCUGAUGAAGAAGAGGAGGAUCUUAACAGGAUCAAAGAGGAGAGUAGAAGACGGAGACAAGCAAUCUUAGAAAAAUAUAAAUGCCAGCAGUUAGAGAAACAAGUAGAGGCUUCUAUGAAGGAAUCUGAGAAAGAUAAGGAUUCUGGAAAGGAUUCUUCUCAAUCAGAAGCUGCAGCUCAUGCUAUUCCAGAAUUGGUUGAUGGGGUAGUGGAUGAUUCUGUUGCUGACUCAUCUUUUGUUGUGGAGAAAUCACCACAACAAAAUGGAGCAAUUGCAUCUGAUAAAACUGCGGGUACUAAAGGACUUGGAGAGGGUACUCCAAAGGCUGAGGGGUCAGAUGGAUUAUUCUGUGAUGACAUUUUUGGAGAAACACCUGCUGCAGUUCGUAAAAUGGGAAAAAGUGAUGGUUUGCAGAUAGAGAGGAGUGGUCUUCAUGACAAUUGGGAUGAUGCAGAUGGAUAUUAUAACUAUCGAUUUGGGGAAGUGCUUGAUAGUCGGUAUGAAAUUGCUGCUGCUCAUGGAAAAGGUGUCUUUUCAACCGUGGUCCGUGCAAAGGAUCUCAAAGCCGGUCCUGGUGAACCAGAAGAAGUGGCAAUCAAAAUUUUGCGUAGUAAUGAAACAAUGUACAAGGCUGGUCUGGAGGAGUUGGUCAUAUUGAAAAAGCUAGUAGGUGCAGAUCCAGAUGACAAGCGUCACUGUGUUCGUUUUCUUUCAAGUUUCAAAUAUAGGAAUCAUCUUUGUUUAGUUUUUGAAUCUCUUCAUAUGAAUCUCCGUGAGGUCUUGAAGAAAUUUGGGCGCAAUAUUGGCCUUAAGCUAACUGCUGUGAGGGCAUACGCUAAGCAGCUUUUUAUUGCCCUGAAGCAUUUGAGAAAUUGUGGUGUUCUCCACUGUGAUAUAAAGCCAGAUAAUAUGCUGGUUAACGAGGGGAAAAAUGUGCUGAAGCUUUGUGAUUUUGGUAAUGCCAUGUUUGCUGGUAAAAAUGAAAUCACACCCUACCUUGUUAGCCGGUUUUAUCGUGCUCCUGAAAUAAUUUUAGGGCUGUCAUAUGAUCAUCCAAUGGAUAUCUGGUCGGUGGGUUGCUGUCUGUACGAGCUCUCUACAGGGAAAGUUCUUUUUCCAGGUCCUUCUAAUAAUGACAUGCUUCGCCUACACAUGGAAUUAAAGGGCCCUUUUCCAAAGAAGAUGCUUCGUAAGGGAGCAUUUACUGACCAACAUUUUGACCAGGACUUGAACUUCCAUGCUUCUGAGGAGGAUCCUGUAACCAAAAAGACCAUAAAGCGAAUAAUAGUCAAUAUAAAGCCUAAAGAUAUUGGGUCAAUUAUUAGGGGAUCUCCUUGUGAAGAUCCAAAGAUGUUAGCCAAUUUUAAGGAUCUUCUAGACAAAAUUUUUGUGUUGGAUCCAGAAAAAAGGAUGACGGUAUCACAAGCAUUGAAUCAUCCAUUCAUCACUGGCAAGUGAUCAAUGUUGCUGCCUUUAUGACUCCGGAGUUUAGUAGAUUUCUUGUAAAUUAUGACCUAAUUCAUACAGUUUCUAAUCACUUGGUAUUGCCAGUCUUCUUUAUGAUGACCUAAGCUUCUGGCACAAUUAUGGGAUGAUUGAAUUCAGAAGGGGUCAUAUUGGUCAGGAGUGGCGGGUUCUUUCAAUCAAAUGUACUGUUUCUAUUGAUGCCUGCUUCUGCUCUGAGAGAACCUUCCUGUGCUUAAAUGAUUUAGAGGCACUCAGGAGAAGUCGUUUAUGGAGGCACUUGCAUUGGAGAGGUUAACCGCUGUGGCACCAUGUGAAGUUAGUAUUUCAGGUGAACUGCAUAUCAUCCCCAUUCUCUUGUAAGUAUCCAUUUCCAUACAACUAUUUCAAGGUUAUAUUCUUCGGUAUAUUUCUUAGAAAGAAUGCAAUGAUGCUAAGUACUACAAAUAUCAAGGAUAAUAGUCCGGUUUUCUUUCUCUUUCCAGGAUAUAGUAAAUGUAAGCAUAAAAUUUUUUCUGAUAAAUGAAAGCAUUCAAUUUCCAGAGCUCUUGAACCAAAAAGCGUUGCAUGAAUAUGAAAUAAAUAGAAGAUCUAAUAUGGUAAUAAGAAGUCUGACAUACUUAAGGUUUACCUUUAUCAUUGAAAGGUUAUAACUAUUUAAAAUUUCAGUUAAAUUUCUUCCGUCAUAUCACAGAGAUGGUCUCUAUCUUUAUUAAGAAUAAGAUGUGUGGAAAAUAGUGAACUAUAUGUAUAACUGUUGAAUAAAUAAACUUUUGACUAGAGAUGCAUGAAUACAAAAGGAGGAUGAGCGUUGGCAAUUAACCCAAAAGCCUUCUCCAAUCCUUCUUGAGGUGAGAUGGAAAGGUACUAGGAUUCUAGGAAUCUGAAGUUCUAGUGUUGCAGUGGCAGGAUUGUUGUUACUUAUCCAGAAAAUGCCUGAUAGGAUCAUUAGUACCUUUAACCUUAAGUUCUAGUGUCGAAGUGCUUAGAAGUUUAGCUUAUACUUGAGAUGUAGUGUUUGAAUUAUGUUAUUAUUAUUUAAAACUCAGUAGACAAUAGUGAAUGAAGCUUAUAAAAUAUAUUGAAUGAAAUAUAACUUGGAUAUAAUUAGACUUUAUAAAAUUCAAGUUUGGGAGUUAGGGCAGGGGCAGAUUUAGAAGUAAGACUUUAGAAGAAAGCCUAUGAGCAAGUUAUUUCUAGAUGAUUCCACAGUUUGGAACAAAAGAGUAGAUCGAAAAUCAAAUGACCUUGUGAGUAUCUUUUGUUUAUGUGUUUUGAAGCAUUUGGUUGUGAGGGAUUUAUUAGUUAUGAACAGUCAAAAGUUCCCUGUUUUGUUGCUGGAGAGUCUUUCUAUUAGGUGCUCACAUCUUUCAUAUAUAGGCUUUGAAAGUUUAAUAUCCAGUUCAUUUCUCUGUUUGGUUCAGUUAUGUAGCACUUUAUUCAAGGUUACUUAUUUAGAUCUCAUCUGUGGCUCUUAUGAUACUGUUUUUCUAUACCCUUGUAAUUCUAAAGAGAUACUGAAUGAACAUGGGCAUAUAUUUCUAUUCUCCAUUACCCUGUUUUGUUUAAUUGUUUCUCCACAAGUGAAUUCCUGAAAAAACUGGUGGUGGUUUUUUUUACACCCCCACCACUAUUGGUACUUUGAGACAUACAGUUUAGAUACUUCAUGGUUUCAGAAAAAUGCCUGUCUGGAUGUACAGGCAUCGACAUGGAAUCGACUUUUUGAUGCUCAUACUAUGAUACAUCUGUAACUGCCCAUUAAAAUUUUAUUCUUAUGUCAUUCUGUCAGAUUCUCAUCAUGAGUUCAAGUUUGUAAUGACACAUUGGAAGUGUAGUUUGAUCUACUGUUCUGUUGCAUCUUGGUUAUGGUACUGGUUGUCACAUUUUGCACAUGGCAUCCUGUCGUUAUUGCUCUUCAUGCCUUAUGAUGCAGGUCUUCCUGUAUUUCGGGUUUAUUAGCAGAAAGAUAUUGUUAUGUUUUUCUUUUUCACAUUUGUUUGCCGUGUUUUCUUCCCAUCAAGUCUAAUUGCAUAAUCAUAUUUGGUUCCAAAUUUUUUUCUUAUAAAUGAUCUAGAGCUUCACGUUGAAGAUUGGUCUAAACAUAGUUCACCAGAUGAUCACCUGAACUUCGUCAGGUUGUAUUUGCUCAUCUGACUUAGCUAAUGUAUUACCAUUUUCAUUUCAGUAGUAACUAUUCUCAAGUUCUCCACUUCAUAUGAUGAGCAUUUACGUGAAUUGAAUCUUUUGUUCUGUUUUUUUCCAUCUUCUAGAUACUUGUUAUACUAAUAUUGUGGACACUUAUUAUGACUGCAUUUGAGAUGAGUGCACGCUAACUAGCUUCCUAUGUGAUUAAUGUCAGUUCUAUACAGGCCAAUCUGUUUCUGUUACUGUAUUUCUUUUCAUCAAGAGUUUUCUUUUCUUUAUUUGUAAUGGCAGCCUGAAGCCUUAACCCAAGUCAUUGUUCCUUUAUGUUGUCCAUCUUUCAUUUUGAGCUUGUUUUUGGAAAGAAGUAUAUUUGGAUCACAUAGGAAAUCAAUCCAAACAUGACCCAUGCUCACAUGUUCGUAGUUUAGUGCUGAUUAACUGUAACCUUGGAUUGAGGACAGGUGCCUUUAUGUUUUGUUCUGUUGCUCAAAGCUGUACAUUUAACAACAAUUUCAUCUCUGGAAUCAGAAGCAUUGCCCCGUAAAAGUAAUAUUACCGGAAGCAAGAUGCUGAUUCAAUUUUCCCCAUGAUUCUUCUAAUUAGCCUUCUGUUAAUCAGAAUUGUCGACGAUCUUCAUAUUAGACGAUGUUGUACUAAACCCCUGUUAUAUGAAUGUACGAAGUUGUAUUAGUCCAAACCUGUGGAAUGCUGAAUGGGCUUAGAAAGUUGGCUGAAUGGUUUAAGUAAAACAGUUUGCUAAUCUAACAUCCUCGAAUUCCAGGAUAA